AUGAGUUCAAGUUCGAGCUCUGUCACAACGAGUGGCGUUAGUGAGCGUGGUGUGCCUCGCAAGUGUGUUUGUGGUUUAGGUGUCACGAUCUUUACAUCAAAAACUCAAGACAAUCCAGGACGACCUUUCUUUCGUUGUGAUAGCAAACGGGAUGUGAAUUCGUGGACAAGCAAAAGAGAUAAUCAUUUGUUUAAGUGGGUGGAAGAUGCUGUGUUUGAAGAAGUAGAAGAUGCUCUACCAAGAGUAGCCAUCAUUGCAAAUGAGAUUAGCAAAAUAAAAGCAGAAGUCAAUGAGUUAAAGGCUGUGAUGAAAGAAGUGAAGGAAGAAGAAAUGAUCAACAAAAAAGAAGUCCACAAGUGUAAAUUGUGCUUCAAAGUCUGUUUUCUGUGGCUUAGUCUUAUCACCAUUGUGCUGGGUUAUGUUUUGUUUAGGAAAGGAAAUCAGAAAAAACUUAUGUUAGGUUAUUAA